UGCACAUGUAUAAAGUGCUCCACUUCCCGGUGCGUCACAACAAACAGAACAAGCAAUGGAUAGGUUUGGACGUUCUCAAGUGACCAGGGUCCCUGCGUACUCCAGGAAUCACCCAAUUAUUCCCCGGUUGUAUGUACCAGAAUGGAAGACAGAUAUGAAAAACAGAAAACUCAUCAUCCAGAAUGCUGAGCUUGGGGGAGUACCACACCAUGAACAUGAUGAGAAUCUGUACCUAGAGAAGAGGGAACAAAUGUCAUAUAAUGUAGAGCCUAGACACAGAAUUAAUCAAAGGUAUCAACUUCCUUCGCGAGCUCAACUAUUACGACCAGAUUUCCACCACGAGACUUCUCGAUACCAAAGUGAACUGAUGAUGAGAAGGGAUGCCCCACCAACUAAGCUCGAUGUUGAUUACAACUGAACUUGUUGCAUUCCUCAUGACAUUUCUGAUUAAUCAGAUGAUUGGUUUUACUCCCAGACAGUAUCAGUGGGAUGCCUAAACACUCCUUUGCUUUGGAAACGAUAAAACAUUUUGACAAUCGUUUGGAAAUUUAUCAGCAGUGGAAGCAAAGCAUUUCACUUUAACACCAGCAGAAAAACUUUACUAUGUGGCAGAGAGGAUUCUGCACAUAUAUUAAUCAAUAUUUGCUCCUGUGUUUACAAGUAUUUGUUAUUGAUGCUGUUAAGUAAACAAACCAAAUGUUCAAUCAUAAAAUCAAUAAUCUGUUUGAAGAAAUAUAAUUUAUUUCAAGUUAAAGUACCAAACAUGUGAUGGAAGUGUAAUAUAUAGAUAUAAAUGUAUGUACAAUAUAUUUUUGAACAAGGCAAAUAUUUGCUGAUAAAAAUCAUCAUAUAAGGAUUCAUUUGACAGGCAAAUAUAUUUCAAUUUUAAAUCAUGGAUAUUUUACAAGCAAGGCCAUCAAGGUUUAUCCUGAACAAAUGUCACAUUAAUAAACUCUUCAUUCCAUCA